UCUAUCCUGAAGGUGGAGCGGAGUGCAGGUGUGAACUCCCAGCAGAUCAGGAUUGAGAAGGAGUCUAAUGGAGCUUAAUGAGGGAGCAAUUCUUGAAGCCAGAUGUUUUAGUGACUUGGGUUCUGAUAUUGACCUUGGAAUGCUCCCUGAAGAAAAAGAAGAUCUUGGUGUAGAACUGGCCAAGCUAGAAGAUGAAAUCUCUACCUUGAGACAAGUUCUAAGUGCCAAGGAGAAGCGUCUAGUGGAAAUAAAACAGAAGAUGGGCAUUACCCCACUGAAUGAAAUAAAACACAACUUGAGCAAAAGCUGGCAUGACAUGCAGACUUCUGUGAUAUAUAAAAAAACACAGGAGACUCUUAAUGCCACAGGGCAGAAAGCUUCAGCAGCUUUGAAUAAUGUAAGUUCUACACUUGGCAAGAAACUAGGAGAGAUGAAAAAUUCUCCAACGUUCAAAUCCUUUGAAGAACAGAUGGAAACUACAGUUAGCAGUUUGAAGUGCAAAGUUGGUGCGUCUGCCCAUAGCAGUGGAAGUUUUGAAGAUGUGCUGAAUUCUACUGCCAGUGCCAGUAUUCAGGAAUCAACUUCACGAAAUUGUCCAGCAAAAGACAUUGAAUAUUUUUAAAUCUUUUCUCUAAUACUGCGGGGUUAAAAAUGUAUAAAUCUUGGUGUUAUUAGAUUUUAUUUAAAAUUCAGUAAACCUGUCUUUGAGUAUAUUGGGGAAAACAGCCUGGAAUUAUUUAAAACAAAAUAGUGGGAAAAACCUUUCUACAUUAUAUUAAUAGAAAAUUGUUGCACAUACUUUUAUUCUUGGACCAUCUUUAUUAACUUAUAAAGUGCUUAUUUUUAAACAUGAAU